GGAAGAAACGGGAGGAGACGAAGGAAACGGAACGUCCUUCGGCCAUGAGUUUGUCCGAGGUGGAUGAACACGUGUCCCAGCGCUACCUCAUCAAGCGGCGGCUUGGGAAGGGGGUCCUACGGAAAGGAAAAGGCACGGUUUCUGCUCUCCCAGGCCUAUGGCAUCGUUUGGAAAGCUGCAGAUCGAAGGACAGGAGAAAUUGUGGCCAUCAAGAAGAUUUUUGAUGCCUUCAGGAACAAGACGGAUGCACAGGAGUUUGAUAAUCAUCCCAACAUCAUCCGGCUUCUGAAUGUCAUCAGGGCAGAAAAUGACAGGGAUAUUUACCUAGUAUUUGAAUCCAUGGACACAGACCUUCAUACUGUCAUCCGGAAAGGGAAUCUGCUGAAGGAUAUUCAUAAGUGUUACAUCCUUUACCAGCUCCUACGUGCAACCAAAUUCAUUCACUCAGGAAAUGUCAUCCACAGAGACCAAAAGCCUUCCAAUGUUCUUCUGGAUGCUGACUGUUGUGUAAAACUCUGUGACUUUGGCCUUGCACGUUCCCUGAGUCAACUUCAUGAGGAACCAGGGAACCCAGCCCUGACAGAGUAUGUGGCCACACGCUGGUACCGAGCCCCAGAAAUCCUGUUGUCUUCACACCGGUACACACAGGGUGUGGACAUGUGGAGCUUGGGCUGUAUCCUAGGGGAGAUGCUGCUUGGGAGACCUUUGUUCCCAGGAACUUCUACCCUCAACCAGCUUGAGCUAAUCCUGGCAGCCAUCCCAGCCCCAAACAAAGAGGAGUUCCUGACCAUUGGCUCAGACUACAGUGCUUCGGUCCUCUACCGGAUGGGCCCCCGGCAGCUACUGACCCUGGACUCCCGCCUCCCACCAACCACUCCUCCUGAGGCCCUGGACCUGUUGCAACGACUCCUGGUGUUUGACCCUGAGAAGCGGCUGACAGCAGAUGAGGCUCUGAGGCACCCUUACGUGAGGAGAUUCCACUGUCCAGCCAAGGAGCCAGCCCUGGAGUAUGAAGUGAUCCUGCCCAUCGAUGAUGGCGUGCAGCUCUCUGUGCUGGAGUAUCGCAACCGGCUGUACAAGAUGAUCCUAGAGCGAAAGGCAAACAAUCGACUUCAGAGCCUGGAGAUUCAGAGAGAAGCCCUGGGGGAUCUUCCCAGGUCAAGCCCUGUGCCCCUGCCCUCCCAGAAGGAUCCCCUCCCGCAGAACUCUACCUCUGAGCGGGCCCAGGCCCCAAGGGAACCUCGAACCUCUGCCCUGAGGGAACGUCGUUCACAAAUCCCUGGACCCAGGCCACAGAGUGAGCCCGCUCCCUGCCAUGACACCCUUGGUCCCCGGCAGGGGUCAGCACCCUCUAUCCGGCUACAACAUCGAGGUUUCUCGGGGAAGAGGGGACAAUCAUUUUGGGGUGAUGCUCGCACUCUCACUGGCCCCACUGGGGAGCAGAGAAUGUCUGAGGAGAUGCACGGAUGUGGGAGGGGCAGUCAGCACCAGAGCCUAGCCAGAUGUGGUCCAAUGGAAAGUGUGUAUAAGGAUAGAGUGUGAAUGAAGGUGAGAAGGGUGGGUGGGAUCCAAACUGAGCAGGGCCUUAAGUGCAAGGCUGAGAAGGCUAUGUUUUCUCCUGUAGAGCAACAGGGAGCCACUGAAGGGUUUUGGUCAAGGAAGGGACGAGGUCAGACCUGGCAUCGGGUCUGGAGGAGCAGCUCUCUGAAGGGUGGAUUGGAGGAGGAGAAACUGAGAGCAGGGAAACAAUGUUAAGGUGGUCACAAUGGGAGAGGAAGAGAGGAAUGUGAAAGCUGUGGUAAAGGUAGAAUCAACAGGAUUUGGCAAGUGAUUGGAUGUGUGAAGUGAGGGAGAAGGAUAAGUAAGUUCAAGAUGACGCUGAGGAAUCAGUCCUGAGAAGGAGGAGGGGGAUAUUAGGGAGGUUAAGAAGAGGAUGCUUUGAAGGGAAGAUGAUUUCAGGCUUGAACAUGUCAAAGCUGAAGGCCAUCCAUAUGGAGAUGUCCAUGUAGGUAUUUGGAAAUAGGCCUUGGGGGCUCAGGAGAGAGACUGAAGCUGGGGAUGCAAGUCUGAGAAUCAUUCGCAUAAAAGCGAAUGACACUAAAGGGAAAAAGUAGAAAGAACAAUGGACAGAACCUUGAGGCAGCCAGGACACAGGAGAGUGACUCAGCAGUUCCAGACUGUCUCCCUCCUCUUAUCCCACCUCGUCUAGCCACCUCCUGGUCUUCCCCUAAGCCCUCCGCCUUUAAUUCUCAUUGCUGCAGCCCUGAUGUGCCCCAUCUCAGGAUAUGAUCACUCACCUGAGGGCAAUAACCCCAUCAGCGCCAGACAAGG